CUCUCUCUCUCUCUCUCUCAGGUUCCACUUUCCACCUGCUCUGUUUCUCUCCUCUGUUUCCACUUUCAUGCAAAAGAGGAGCCAAUGGGCAGCGCCUUAACGUGUCUGUACCCCAAGGAGAACAAGCAUUACGCCCCUAAAAGUGUCCGAGGCAGCUCGGGCUCUCCGCGGGCACCACCUCCCGCCGCCGGCAGAAAAACCGCCCCGACCAGCGCCUUCGCAUCGCCGGCGGCCAAAGAGACUCCCACUGCUUUUCUCGACGAUGAUCUGAUACGGAAGCAAGCUCUGGAAGCUGUUCUGCUCUUUAAGCAUCACCAGAGCCAGAAAAACGGUUCUUUUUCGGGCAACUUCGAUCGGUCCACCUCUGUGCGAGAUCACCCACUUUCGAUGAACUCUAGGAAGCAGAACUUCCCGAGGAGUUCGAGCACCAGGCCCCGUUCUUCGAUGGAUUCUCUUGUCCAACCUCGUCAGCUUCUUAAUCAGGAUUUUGAUAUUGAAACUAUGGAGACCAAACAUUUUGUUCUUGUUCAUGGGGGUGGUUUUGGUGCUUGGUGUUGGUAUAAAACCAUUGCCUUUCUUGAACAAAGUGGGUUUAAAGUUGACGCAGUGGAGUUAACAGGGUCUGGAAUUCAUUCAUUUGACACAAACAGUGUCACAAGUCUUGCACAAUAUGUGAAGCCACUUACAGAUUUCCUUGAAAAGCUUGGGGACGGGGAGAAGGUGAUUUUGGUGGGACAUGAUUUUGGUGGUGCUUGUAUCUCAUACGCAAUGGAACUAUUUCCAUCAAAAGUCUCAAAAGCUGUUUUUAUUGCUGCAGCAAUGUUGGCUAAUGGGCAGAGCACCCUUGAUAUUUUUUCCCAACAGGCAAACCCAGAUGGUCUGAUGCAACAUGCUCAGAUAUUCUUGUAUGGCAAUGGAAAAGAUCACCUUCCCACUGCUAUAGAUCUUGACAAAGCAUUACUGAGAGACAUGCUGUUUAACCAAACCCCUGAUAAGGACAUUGCAUUGGCAUCAGUAUCAAUGAGACCAAUCCCUUUUGCUCCAGUUUUAGAGAAGCUCUCGCUUUCUGAUGUGAACUAUGGCUCUGUCAGGCGCUUUUAUAUAAAAACACAGGAAGAUUGCGCUGUCCCUAUCUCUCUACAGGAAGCCAUGAUCAAAUCACAUCCCCCAGAACAAGUUUUCCAGCUUAAAGGCUCUGAUCACUCACCCUUUUUUUCAAAACCUCAGGCCUUGCAUAGGGUAUUGGUAGAGAUAUCAAAGAUUGGAUCAAAGCAAGUUUCCCCGUUGCACGAGAGCCUUGUGUCUUGAAAAGAAAAGGACAACAAUACAAAUUUCAUGCUUGAUCAUGAAAUGUUUCAUGCAUGGUCAAAAGAAUUCAACAUUAGCCAGAACCAUGCAUGUUGAUCAAUGUCUCUGAUCCUUGAUUCAUGCAUGAUCAAGUGCUGGGAUAUGCCAUAUUUUACCGGCCUUGAGCUGUUGCUGUAAAUUUUCCACGGCAAUGGAAUUCCUGGGAUUCAGAUUUUGUAUUGCAUUGACAUGUAUAAGAGAAAAAUAAGGUAAUUUUCUAGUGGCAUCUGGUCAAUUCUUGGUGUUACUUCCUGAUUCUUCUCUUGUAAAAAACUAUUUAUAUAUGUAUAAUGUAUUUAUGUGUAAGAAAUAGAAUCUUUGUUGUUCUGUUUGGUAAAAA